UCGAGCUUGGUAACAAGUUCGCAUGGGUGUUCUCGGCAAAUGCUGCUGCCUGACGGCGCUCUUGACCAAGAUCGUAUGCCUCGCAUGUACCUUUGGUCCUCUCAUCUUCAUGUAUCUGCUCUACGCGCUAUACAUCAAACCAUGGGGCGAACAGCAAGUCCGCGACCUCACGCGCGGCGUCAACUUGUCCAGCCCAACGGUGAAUUGUUCGGGGUGCGUUGUCGGCGUCAACACGCAAUUCCCCACCAACACCACGGGCAUAUUGCACUUUAUGGAUACCAGUGGUGGUAAAGCUUCCAGCGCCGCGGUUGGCACCUCGCUGUUUGCAACCAUUGCGGCCAUCUUGGCCGGCACUGCGGUCGGUGGCUCUGUGGCCCAACUCGGCAGCUCGGGCAGCAUGGGCGCCGGGGCGUACGAAAUGAUAUCGAUCGUCGAACAGGCGCAAUUCGUAGGACUUUUGGGCCAAUUGGCCACCGGUGGCGUACCCACGUUCUUCCAGCAGUUCACCAAGGAUUUGUCUUGGGUCAACUUCAACGUUGUCAAGCUAGCCAACUCAGACCUGGCUCCCAAGCGUCAGCUGCUCAACCUCCUCGAAGCCCAGCACCAACAAACGGGCGUCGACAGGUACGCAACCAUGGUGGGUGUGUUGCCCGAGGAGCUGUUCUACUACACCCUGUUGGCUCUGGGGGUGGUGUUGGGCGGGGUGCUGGUGCUGUACGUGGUAGCGGUGGCGGUGAUGUCGUACUUGAGCAAAUCAAAAGCCAACCUGUGGGGGACCUACUUUCGCAAAGUCAUAUGGGCGUUCGUCCUCAUCCUGCUCCUGGCUUUGUACAUCCUGUCCAUGACGGGAUCCUAUCGUGCGUACUUCCACAUCAAGCGGGACGGCGCCGGCGCGGCAUCCGCGGCAAUCGUGAUCUUGCUCGUAAUCGUCGGCACGACCCUCAUCUACGGCAUCCUGGUGAUUGCAACCAAUCCGUCUGAACUGGCUGACAUCGGCACGUUCGAGCACGAACAGCGGCCGUUCAACGCCGCAUACGGGCCGUACUAUGAAGAAUUCAACGUGGACAACCGAUACUUUUUUGUCCCCAAAGCUAUCUUGGCCGUCACCUCGGGGGUUAUCGUGGGGGUUGUGCAGGCACCGACGUGGCAGCUGGGGCUGCUCAUCGGCGCCAAUCUCUUGUUUCUGUUGGCGUUGGUCGUGCGCGAGCCGUUUCUGCUCCGGUUUCUGUUUUACAUUGGCGUCUUGUCGUCGUUCCUCAAGGUGUUUUUGCUCCUUUUGAUGGUCAUCAUGAUCCGCGACGAUGUGUUCCCGCAAAACGUUCGGGACCACGUCGCAUAUGUGAUUGUGGGCGUCAACUUGGCCGUGUUUGCGUUAUUGAUUGUGCGACAGCUGUACGUGGCCGGCCGCAAGGUCGUCCUGUCGUGCGGCGCCAAGAAGAACAAGGACGCCAACAACACCACUGCCACUCGCGCCGACUUUGACCAAGGCGAGUCGCCCGUGCAGACUCCCAUGACUCGCCAGCCCAAGACAGCCAGCUAUACCAACGACUUGGAGCGAGCAAGGCACAAACCGACCCGUCAGAAUCGCAACAACGAUGUGCGGGAACCGUUGAACGUUCAAGCCACGUCGUCUGGGGCUGCUGGUACCUACCCUCUUGGUGACGUCGAUAGAGAUACCAAUCUAUCGUCCACAGCUCCAACGGCACCUUCAAAAUUUAGCUUUGGUCGUCCUCCUAAUACAAGAACUACUGCCAUGGGUAUACACUCCAAGCCACUGCCUCCAUCCCCCACGACUUCUCAGCUUCCCCCGCCACCGCCCACAAGUGCGCUGGCAUCCCCAACGUCCGGGGCAGCUCCGGCGUCGGCGGCAGCAGCUAGCGGUGCCUUUCUAGCUGCUUCCCCCCGUUCGCCCCGUCCACACGACCCCAACGAGUACGAUGUGGACAGUGAAAUCCAUGGCUACGGUGGCGGUGGCUUCAUUCCAGAUAUGAGGGGCGACCAGAGUUUUGACUCGUACGGAUCUCUAUCGUUUGGGUCGUAUGAGAACAACAUGGUACGCCAAAGCUCCAAGAUAAGCAGUGAUUCAGCGUCAGUGGGAGGAGAAGGGGAUGCAUCGUCAUCGAUCGCAUACCUCGGGCGAAAGUCCUCUUAUGACAGCUUCACGUCGCUCCAGCCGGGUAAUUACGUCUCCCCAUCUCACCGGCCGUCUCAGUCAGACACCCCAACGUCGUUUGCAUCGUACAACCAGGGACCCAGUACUUUUACCCCAAAUCCGGUGCGAGAACGACAGAAUAAUGAUACGCUCAACGACAGCUUUCAGUCGUUUCAAAGCGACGAAGCAUCGUUUACCAACUCGAACCUGUUUCAGAGCGGUGGGUCGCAGCAGGUGCUGGACACCCUCGCCGCCAAGUACUUGGCCGAAAGGAAUGGCCAGCAAGCCAACAAAGGCGCGGUCGCGGCUACUCCGCUCAGUCCGUCCGCAGUUCCAAUGCUAGAACGAAGGGUGUUGUCUGGGGAUGUAAUUGCCCGCCAACGCUCUCGAAGUCUGGACGACUGGGGACUCCAACCACAGACGAAAGGCGGCGGCAGUCCGUCGAGGCACUCGGAGUCGUCGUUGUUGGAUCCGCACAAACGCAAUCACGAUGAUGACGAUGAUGGCAAGCGCAAGUCCGUGUACCUUCGGUAUAUUGCCAAUGACCAACCCCAUUCUUUCAUGGACUCGGAAGACGAGUUCGAUCUGUAGGGAGCCAAGGAAGGGGGUAUAUGUUAAUAUAUAUAUAUAUACCAAGCGAUUGAUUGUAUCAAA